AGGACGCGGGGACACCCCGGAAGCCGGGAAAUGGAAUCAGUGGCCUUUAAGGAUGUGGCUGUGAACUUCACCCAGGAGGAGUGGAUUUUGCUAGAUCCUUCGCAGAAAAAACUCUACAGAGAUGUGAUGUGGGAAACCUUUAGGAACCUGAACUCAGUAGGAAAAAAUCAGAAAGACCAGAACAUUGAAGAUAAGUACAAAAACCAGGGGAGAAAUCUCAGGCACAUCAGACUUCACACUGGACACAAACCAUAUAAGUGUCAGGAAUAUGGAAAGAAGCCAUAUAAAUGUAAAGAAUGUGGGAAAGCCUUCAGUUAUCUUCAGUGUUUUAGAAAACAUGAAAGGAUACACAGUGGAGAAAUACCCUAUAAAUGUAAGAAAUAUGGGAAAGCAUUCAGUUAUCAACCUUCUUUCCAAAUACAUGGGAGGACUCAAACUGGAGAGAAACCCUAUGAAUGUAAAAAAUGUAUAAAAGCAUCCCUGUAUCAGAACACCACUCAAAGACAUGAAAAGUCUCAUACUGGAGAAAAACCUUACAAAUGUCAGGAAUGUGGGAAAACCUACAUGUCUCGUCUAGGUUUACAAGCACAUGGAAGAACUCACACUGGAGAGAAACCCUAUAAAUGUAAAGAAUGUGGAAAAGCAUUCCUGUAUCUCUACUCUGCUCAAAGACACGAAAAGACUCAUACUGGAGAGAAGCCUUACAAAUGUAAGGAAUGUGGGAAAGCCUUCAUGUCUUCUCCAGGUUUGCAAGCACAUGAAAGCACUCACAGUGGAGAGAAACCCUAUAAAUGUAAAAAAUGUGGAAAAGCUUUCCCAUAUCACAACUCUGCUCAAAGACAUGAAAAGACUCAUACUGGAGAGAAGCCUUACAAAUGUAAGGAAUGUGGGAAGGCCUUCCAUUAUCGCCAUUCUGCUCAAAUACAUGAAAGGACUCACACUGCACGGAAAUGCUAUGAUUGUAAACAGUGUGGGAAAACCUACAUGUCUCCUCUAGGUUUGCAAAUACAUGGAAGAACUCACAGUGGGGAGAGACCCUAUGAGUGUAAACAUUGUGGGAAAACCUUCAUUUAUCAGCAAUCUGUUAAAAAACAUGAGAGGACUCAUAUUGAAGAUAAACCCUACAAAUGUAAGCAAUGUGGUAAAGCCUUCAGUUGUUUCAGUUAUAUUCAAAUUCAUGAAAGAGUGCACACUGGAGAGAAACCCUACAAAUGUAAGGAAUGUGGGAAAGUCUUCACUUUUCUUGCAGCCUUUCAAGCACAUAUGAGAGCACACACUGGAGAUAAACCUUAUAAAUGUAAGGAAUGUGGGGAAGCCUUCAGUUGGCUUGCAUCUUUACGAUACCACGUGAAGAAAAUGCACACUGGAUAGAAAUCUUACAAACAAAAAAUAGGGGGAGUUUUCAUUUUCAACAACUAUUUUUUGAUUUAUAUGGUUCACACUGGACAGAAGUUGUAUACAUGUAAGUAGUAUGGGAGAGCCUGA